CCCCGGGAGGAGGGGCCGCGCCGCCUCAGUGCCGCGGCCAUGGCGGGCUUCGUGCGGGAGCUGGAGCGGCGGGGCGGGCCGGCGCUGCGGCUGGAGCAGCGGGCGGCGGGCGGCGUGGGCUGCGUGGUGUGGGACGCCGCGCUGGUGCUCGCCAAGUUCCUGGAGACUGGCGCUUGUCCCCUCGCCCGCCGCCACGUCCUGGAGCUGGGCGCCGGCACCGGCGCCGUCGGCAUCAUGGCGGCCACGCUGGGGGCGGACGUGACCGUCACCGACCUGGAGGAGCUGCAGGAGCUGCUGCUGCUUAAUAUAGAGAACAACAAACAUCUGGUCACAGGGUCAGUCCGAGCCAAGGUACUGAAAUGGGGUGAAGAUGUAACAGAAUUUCAGCCGCCUCCUGAUUAUAUACUAAUGGCUGAUUGCAUUUACUAUGAGGAGUCAUUAGAACCGUUACUGAAGACACUGAAAGACCUUACUGGCCCUGAUACCUGCAUCUUGUGCUGUUAUGAACAAAGGACUAUGGGAAAGAAUCCUGAAAUUGAGAGAAAAUACUUUGAGCUGCUUCAGAUGGACUUUGAGCUAGAAAAAAUUCCCCUGGAUAAGCACGAUGAGGAGUACCGCAGUGAAGACAUUCAUAUCGUGAAUAUCCACAGGAAACAAAUGAAUUUUCCAUCAUGAGAUCUUUGACCACAGUAUCUGUCCUCUGGCAGCCGGUUGAGCUCUGGAGAAGAGGGAGAGGGUAUAGAAUAACACCACAAAGGAACUGUCUCCCGUGUGGUUUGUGACUCAUCUACAGAAAACGGCCUCUCGAUGGUGGACUUGGCAUGAGGCACCAGAAGAAGUGGGCUCGUUAGCCUAGAUCCACUGAUAGUGCCUUCCAAGGAGGACAGAUGUGAGCUGCUGAUGUCUGCCGGCUGAGGCAGAGGAAGGCAGAAAACGGAACCAGAGCUUCACCCAGAGCAGCGCUGGGUGCACCUACUGGUUACCUCUGCCGGGCAGCAGCUUGUUGGCUUGCCGAGUGCUUGCAGAGCAGAUCUGAGGACACCACACCCAAGUCUCUGCGAGGAGAAAGCUGAGCAGGCUCAAUCACACAGCCCCAGAUAGCCAGUCCAUGAAACUUUUGUGCUCGAGGUGGGACUCAGAUGGUGGGGUUUUGUUUGUCAUUUGGUUUUUUUUAAAGCCUGUGGUUUCUGUGUCAUUCCUGUGUUGCAGAGGUCCUGGGAGUCUCAUUCCAGGAGCAGGGGCUGUCAUGGGGGUAGGUACCGGACGGAUGAAACACACAGGUGGUCCCUGCGCCUGUGCGAAACUGUUCUGCCUUUUGAUUUCACCUUCGCUGUUUUAGUAUAAUGAUCUACAGCUUUAAAGUUUUGACACCUUCAAACA